AAAAGCGUGUUCGCGAUGGGUGGGUUUAACGCGACGCGGGGAGUCUGAUUCGCUCUGAUCUCGCCGCCCUUGUGUUGGCACACGUCCCCCCCUUCUCAUGCCGCUAUAGUCUUGAUAUUUCCCGGUCAGCGGCGAGUCGACGCUCGAUUGCUCCUGCCUGGCCGAGACCAUGGGAGACCCGGAGGAUAAGGUUUCAGUUCCCGAGUUCAGCAAUCUGCUCCAAAUGGACCCCUAUCUCAAAACCUACGCGAAGGACUUCCAGAGGAGGUAUGGGCUGCUGGAAAAGCAACUUUUUCUGCUGGAGGAGGCAGAAGGAGGCUUUGAUCAGUUCACUCGCAGCUACUGGUCCUUUGGCGUGCAGCGACGGCCCGAUAACAGCCUGUUCUUAAAGGAGUGGGCUCCGGCCGCUGAGGCCCUCUUCCUCACUGGGGACUUCAAUGAAUGGGACAAGUUUUCUCACCCUUACACCAAGAAAGAAUACGGCAAGUGGGAACUGAUUCUGCCACCCAAACAUGACAAGUCACCAGCUGUGGAUCAUAACACCAAACUCAAGGUGGUUGUUCAUACCAAAGACGGUAAGCGUAUGUACCGGAUCUCACCUUGGGCAAAAUAUGUGACUAAGGAUGAUAAGUCUGUCAUCUACGACUGGGUUCACUGGGAUCCUCCUCAGCCCUAUAUUCACGUCCACCCUCGGCCAAAGAAGCCCAAAAGCUUGAGAAUUUAUGAGUCCCACGUGGGCAUCGCUUCGCCCGAGGGGAAGAUUGCCUCAUACACCAACUUCACAACCAACGUGCUGCCUCGUAUAAAAGACCUGGGUUACAACUCUAUUCAGCUGAUGGCUAUCAUGGAGCAUGCCUACUAUGCUAGCUUUGGAUAUCAGGUUACAAGUUUCUUUGCUGCUUCAAGUCGCUACGGCACUCCGGAUGAGCUGAAGCAGCUGAUAGAUGUGGCUCAUUCCAUGGGCAUCGUGGUCCUGCUGGAUGUGGUCCACAGCCACGCCUCCAAGAACACAGAGGAUGGCCUGAACAAAUUCGAUGGCUCCGACUCGUGCUUCUUCCACGCGCCCCCGAGAGGGGUGCACGCCAUGUGGGAUAGCCGACUCUUCAACUAUUCAAGCUGGGAAGUGCUGCGGUUCCUGCUGUCAAACUUGCGCUGGUGGAUGGAGGAGUACCGCUUUGAUGGUUUCAGGUUCGAUGGGGUGACCUCCAUGCUUUUCCACCACCAUGGCAUCGGUGUCGGCUUCACGGGGGAUUAUAGCGAGUACUUUGGCCUACAGGUGGACGAAGACUCUCUAGUUUACCUGAUGCUUGCCAAUCACAUUCUACACACUCUCUACCCUGACUGCAUCACCAUCGCAGAGGAAGUCUCGGGGAUGCCCGCUGUCUGCAGAGCUGUGGCGGAGGGAGGCCUCGGUUUCGAUUACCGUCUGGCCAUGGCCGUUCCUGACAAGUGGAUCCAGAUCCUGAAGGAGGUGCAUGACGAAGACUGGGACAUCGGCAACAUCGUCUACACAAUGAUCAACAGGCGCUACGGCGAGAAAUGCAUAGCCUAUGCAGAGAGUCACGACCAGGCCCUCGUUGGAGACAAGACACUGGCCUUCUGGUUAAUGGACAAAGAGAUGUACACCAACAUGAGCUCCCUCGAGCCCAUGACGCCCGUCAUCGACCGCGGCAUCCAGCUGCAUAAGAUGAUCCGCCUCCUUACUCAUAGUCUGGGUGGAGAGGGCUACCUCAACUUCAUGGGAAAUGAAUUUGGCCAUCCGGAAUGGCUGGAUUUUCCCAGAGAGGGGAACAAGUACAGUUACCAUUAUGCCAGGCGGCAGUUUAACCUGACGGACAUGAACCACCUACGCUACCGGCAGCUCUAUGCCUUUGACCGGGACAUGAACCGUACUGAGGACAAGUACGGCUGGCUGGCUGCCCCACCUGCCUUUAUCACUGCCAAGCACGAGGGGCAAAAAGUCAUUGUGUUUGAGAGGGCAAAUGUGCUCUUUAUCUUCAACUUCCACCCCAUCAACAGUUACCAGGACUACAGAGUGGCAGUAGAGGCUCCAGGAAAAUACACAAUCAAGCUGGAUUCUGAUGACACCCAGUAUGGAGGUCAUGGACGACUGCAGCACAACACGGAGUUCUUUACAGAAGCUCAUCCCUUCAAUGACCGUGCUAACUCUAUAAAGGUCUACAUACCCUGCAGAACAGCUAUUGUCCUGGCCAACGAGGAGAUGGAUUACUGUUAUUAAAGGAUGAUUGUCUCCACAGAGACCAGUGUCAAGAAUGGAUUCCAACCCCAACUGAGUGUUAACAACCACCUUCUUCUCAGUGUCGACCUUCCACAUCACCCAAAACCCACUCUCUGUGCUCAAGUCCUUUUUUUCCCAUUGGCUCCUUUGUUUUCAAACACCAUCCUUAGAUGCUAUGUAGCCCCCUUACCAUACAGAUUGGUCCAUUUGGGAGGGGUCCAAAGAUUCUCAGCAGUCAUGACCCUGCUGAGUCCGUUCACCACCAGGCGGUGGCCAUUUGUGGGCUCAGUCGAAUUUGAAACGCAGUUGGUAAUUUUGCCAGUUUAGAGAUGGAAAAAGUUACAUGCCUCCACUGUUUUCUGCGUAAUAAUGUCUGAAGUGAUGUAACUUUCAGGGUUGUUUAUAUUGAAAUACGUUUUUCUUUUAAUUGUUAUGAUUAAUUAUUGUCACCGGUAUUUAAAUACAAAUACCACGACGGGGUCUGAGAUGCAGGAAAUGUGUACAGUGUUAACUUGAACUGUACUUGAAAAUUUGAAUAUUUUAUUUAAUCACUGGUACUCCAUUACUGUUCAUUCAUUUUAUGGAGGAUUGCAAGGAUAAGGAUAUUGUAAUUUGCACAACGUAAUGAGUUGCUUUGAGUCGUUACACUCUGCUGUGGGUAUCUUGCACAAUUGUGAUGUAGUGCUAAAAUGUAUGCAGCUACUGGAAACAAUGUAGUCAUCCACAGCCUGCUUAUUAAGCCAGCGGUUUGCAGCUAAAGCAACUGGUAAACUCACCUUCUGUCUCGGAUAUAUGCAUGUUGCGUGCACAAUAGAUGGUGUUCUGGUGAUUAAAAUGUCAUACGUUGUGUAUCAAUAAUUUCCACUGAGAAAAUGUCAUAUCACUGGUAACAGUAUUGUUUUAAUAAUGCAAACAGGAUAUUUUAAGCACUUCAGUGUCCCUUUUUUUUUUGCUGAAAAGAUAGUUUGCCGAGCUAGGAAGA